CCAACGACUUACAAGCCGAAGAAAGUUAAAAAAAAAAAGAAAAAAGAAAAAGAAAAAAGGAUUCUAAGGAUUACGGGCCCAGCUCUCCCGCUCCUCGCCUGCGUUCUGGAAGCGAAGAGCUUCAAACUCUCCCUUCUCCGGCCAAUUUUCCGGCGCAACCUUCAAACCGCCGUAGGUAUAUAAGAUGUGCCGUCAGAAUUCUUGUGCACAUGUGCCGGUAGAGGAGGCGGUUGCUAUCGACGAGAGUCUAUUGAUAUAUUGCAAGCCAGUUGAGCUCUACAACAUUCUCCGCCCUCGUGCUCUACACAAUCCGUUAUUUCUUCGCAGAUGUUUGCGUUAUAAAAUCCAAGCAAGGCGUAGAAAGAGGUCCAGGGCUGGGGUUGUAAUAUUCAACUACAGGGACUACAACAAUAUGUUACGAAAGACUGAAGUUACUGAGGACUUCUCCUGUCCCUUUUGCUUGAUGCAAUGUGCAAGCUUCAAGGGUCUGCGUUAUCACUUGUGCUCUUCACAUGACUUAUUCAACUUUGAGUUUUGGGUAACUGGAGAGUAUCAGGCAGUCAACGUUUCUGUGAAAGUUGAACUAUUGAGAUCCGAGACUGUAGCAGAUGGAGUAGUUCCACAACUUCAAACAUUCUUCUUCUGUUCAAGGUCGAGAAAACGUAGGCCAAAGAACCAUGGUCAACUUGAAAACCACGUUAACAUACAAUUCUUGGAGUUAGACUCACCUAGCCUUGCCAAUGGAGGGGCACACGAGGCACAUUUGGAGAAUGGUGAUGGUGUGAAGGCUCCCAAUCUGCUCUCUGGUGGAAAAGAUUUCCAAAAUGGAAGGCGUAGACAUGAAAACUGUGGUCAUGAUCAUCCUAGUUCUGUAGAAUGUAUAGAAUGUGCUACCUCAAGUUCCAACAGUCAUGGUGCUACAAUUUCCAUUGCUCAAUCAUCUCCGGACAUUGAUUGUGUUAAAUUGCUAUCUGGAAGUGAUUAUGCACCACCAACUAAAAUAAGGAAGUUAACUGCAGAGCGUUCAGAGCCAAGAAACCGUAUGCUCCUGCAGAAACGACAGUUCUUUCACUCUCAUAGAGUUCAGCCCAUGGAGUUAGAGCAAGUAUUAUCAGAACGGGAUAGCGAAGAUGAGGUUGAUGAUGACAUUGCAGACCUUGAUGAUCGGAGGAUGCUUGAUGAUUUUGUAGAUGUUACCAAAGAUGAAAAGCAUCUUAUGCAUCUCUGGAACUCAUUCAUCCGAAAGCAAAGUGUGCUAGCAGAUGGUCAUGUUGCCUGGGCAUGCGAGGCAUUCUCAAGACUUCAUGCACCGGAGCUAAACUCCUCUCCAGAUCUUUUCUGGUGUUGGAGGUUAUUCAUGAUCAAACUUUGGAAUCACGGUCUUCUUGAUGCAUGCGUAAUGAAUAGUUGCAAUAUCAUUCUUGACGAUUACAAACACAAGGGAUCAGAAUCAUCAGAUGCCAUGAGAAGAAGUUAAAAGGAAAGGCGAUGACUCGGCUCUAGAUAGUACAUAGUGAGAUGGAGGAUGCUAAUCAUGCUUCAUUUAAUGUUCUUUCUCCCAUUGUUUUCUUUUUCUUUUUAAAUUUUUGUAACGACGUUUGGACCAGAAACGUAACUAAUCACAUUUCUUCAUAGGAGGCUCCGUUACCUUCUCGAUGUAGAAUACAUUGUUUUAAAUUAGUUAUGAAGACCUUGUUACAUAUGAUA